AUGGCAGCAAAUCAUGCAACAUCAUCGUACUUUCUGGCUUUAAAAAACGAACCAAGAUUAACUAUGCAAAUUAACACAAGUAUAGCUGCGAUGGCUGUUGAUAAUAACAACAGUACCCUGCUUUAUUGUUCUGAAGAUUGUUUGUUGUUAAUUAAUGAGCAAGGCAAGGAGAUACUAAAUAUAAAACGGAACUUUAAAGUCUCCGAUAUGUGUUUCUCAUCCUUUUUAAAUCAAUUUUUAAUUCUCUCAUAUAAACCUGAGUGUGCACUUUAUUCGCUCGAUCCCUCGACACACGAACUGAAACAAAUAAAAAAAUUCACUCGAAUAAUAUGGAGUUGUACAUGUUAUGAUAAAACACUUAUUGUUUCGGAAGCUGAUCAAGGUUCAAAAAUUGAAGUUUACGAUUUGAGCGCAGAUCAUUGGAAUGUAGUUCAAAUAUUCACAGCACCAUUAUCUUGUGAAGUGGAUGAACAGAUUGAAAAGAUUCGAUUCAAUAGUGAUGGUAGUCGUCUUGGAGUUAUUCUACGCAAAGGAAGUCAAUCUAAUUAUUAUCAUUGGUUUGAAUUACGUAAUCCAAAUGAUAUGACUGUAGUUUCGACGACUACGGCUGACCUCGGUGAUGAUCAAUGGUGCUGGCUUCUCCCGCUACCCAACCAACAGUUUUUGGCAACUCUAUGGAGAAAGAAAAAACUCUUUUUGUUCGAUUCACACGGGGUACUUCAAGAAACAACAGAAUACGAUACGAAUGUGAAGUUUUUAAAUUCAACAGCAUUAAUCAAUAGCAGCUGUCUGGCAGUACAAACAUGGAAACCUGACGAACUACGUUUUUAUAAUUUAUGA